GCGCCCUCUGGCGGGCGGCGGCGCGCAGAGACCGCCCCCAGCUUCGCGCCGCCGCCCGCCGGAGCCCAACAUGGCGAUGCACAACAAGGCGGCCCCACCGCAGAUCCCGGACACCCGGCGGGAGCUGGCGGAGCUCGUGAAGCGGAAACAGGAGCUGGCGGAAACAUUGGCAAACUUGGAGAGGCAGAUCUAUGCUUUUGAAGGAAGCUACCUGGAAGACACUCAGAUGUAUGGCAAUAUUAUUCGUGGCUGGGACCGGUAUCUGACCAACCAAAAAAACUCCAAUAGCAAAAAUGAUCGAAGGAACCGGAAAUUUAAGGAAGCUGAACGGCUCUUCAGUAAAUCUUCAGUUACAUCAGCAGCUGCAGUAAGUGCAUUGGCAGGAGUUCAGGACCAGCUCAUUGAAAAGAGGGAACCAGGAAGUGGGACGGAAAGUGAUACUUCUCCAGACUUCCACAAUCAGGAAAAUGAGCCCAGCCAGGAGGACCCUGAGGAUCUGGAUGGAUCUGUGCAGGGAGUGAAACCUCAGAAGGCUGCUUCUUCCACUUCCUCAGGGAGUCAUCACAGCAGCCAUAAAAAACGAAAGAAUAAAAACCGGCACAGCCCGUCUGGCAUGUUUGAUUAUGACUUUGAGAUCGAUCUGAAGUUAAACAAAAAACCACGAGCUGACUAUUAGAAGACGCAAUUUGUGCAGAAGCUCCAGGCUAUAGAGCCCUGCUUUCCUUCUCCGACCUCACAAAGAUGAACAUCCCUCACCUGAGUGUGUGGCCAUCCACCUCGCUCUCGCAGACCCAGUGCCUGUGACUCUUGAGUAGUUUGUUCUAAAUGUGGUGAUGAGUCAUUUCUGUAAGACAUUGGAUCAUUUAAUUUGUGUCAUUUUUAGUAACAGAAAUGCAGGAAGACGAAGACCGGUUAUAAUUCCAGCAAAUUGCUAACUGUGCAUUUCUCCCUUCUUAGAAUGAAUGUCUUUCCCCAAACUGGCUGGCACCAGCUUUAUGUGUGAUACCCAUCAAGAAAUGUUCUCUAGUUUUAUCUCAUGCUGAAAGUAGAACACAAGUCACAUUUCAGACAGAGGCUGUAAAUAUCUGGCAUUUUCCUGUUUGGUUUGUGUUUUAUUCUUUUUCUAUUGUUGUUUUUACCAUUGUAUUUUCUUCUGGGCCUUUUUUGUAAUGCCUUUGUUAUAGCUCAUACCUUCCUGCUGGCAUAUUUGAUAAUCUGUUUCAUGCAGUUGCCAAUAUUCUUAAUGGAAAAGAAUCUGGUUUGUUGUUAAGUAAAAUGGGAAACUUGGCUCUUUGGUUUUUUGCAAGAGGAGGUAAAGAGUGUUUAUUUAGUAAUUACCUAUCUUAAAUCUUUCUGAGUUGGAAGCAGAUUCCUAUUCAAGGAAUAGGAAAAAUGGAAAAACCUAAGUUUGAAUCAGUCCUUUCUAAAUAUUUUUAUUCUUUUGUAUAAAUAAAAUUUCACAGGCUUUGACUUCUCAUGUUUUACUUUUAAGCCUGUGAUUGUUUUUUCACUUAUUUAUUCAUAUCAUGCCUUAUGGAAAUUUCUUUCUUUUUCUAUAAUUUUCUCUCUGCUGGUAUUCGCCUAAUUAAAUAAUUGCUCUAAAAAUCA